UUCCGCAAGCUCAGGCGCACAUCUGCGCACCGCUGGUCCAUGCUGAGGACGAUGGUGUCGCAGCUGAUCCGGCACGAGCGCAUCGAGACAACGGUGCAGAAGGCCAAGGAGCUGCGGCGCAUAGCAGACCAGAUGGUAACGCUGGGCAAGCAGGGCGACCUGCACGCGCGGCGGCGGGCAGCAGCCGUCGUCAACGGCGAUGCCGAGCUGCACAAGCUGUUCACGCAGCUGGCGGAGCGGUACCGCGACCGUGACGGCGGCUACACCCGCAUCCUGCGCACCGAUGUGCGCCAGGGGGAUGCGGCGCAGAUGGCGUUCAUAGAGUACGUGGAUCGGCCGGGCGAGCUGCGGCCGGCGCGGCCG